AUGACUCAAAAGUUCUGCAGACUUUCCAACCGUACAAAAAAUUUUACGACGAAGGACAGUCCUCAAAUAACGUCCCUAGACUUUGAUGACUCGGGUCAAUUUCUUCUCACGUCCUCCAUCGACGAAUCAAUCCAAUUGUAUGACAUUAAUAAAGGAAAGCAUCUCAAACCAAUCUACUCAAAAAAAUACGGGGCCCAUUUAGCCCGGUUUAGUCACGACGAAAAGCACUGUGUGUAUGCGUCCACUAAAGUUGAACACACAAUCCGUUUCCUCUCCCUGCAGAACAACACAUACAUUAGAUAUUUCAAAGGCCACCAAGGUUUGGUAAACAGUCUGGAAUUAUCACCCUUAGAGUCAAUUUUCAUGAGUUCAAGUUUGGAUAACACAGUCAAGCUAUGGGAUUUGCGUUCACCAAAUGCCCAAGGGAACUUGAACGUGAAGGGACCCAACUUGAUAGCUUUUGACCCUUCGGGCUUGGUCUUUGCCAUAGUCAAUGAAGAAACGAAAAAACUGGGUCUUUACAACAUAAAGAAUUACGAGCAAGCUCCAUUUUCAACAUUUGAACUCCCCCAAGAUUAUCUGCCGUUAAAAUUGAGCAAAGUAGAGUUUACUAACGAUGGGUCUAAAAUUAUUGUGACUUUUGGCAAAGGUCAACUAGUAGUUGUGGACGCAUUCGAAGGUACUAUACUCGGGAAAUUAUUGGAUUCAGUGUCUCUGCCUGAACGUCCAUAUAUUGAUAGUGGAUCUUCCACGUUAACCCCAGACGGAAAGUUUCUUCUGAAUGGUAACGGAGAUGGUACUGUGAAACUCUAUGACCUCUCUAAGAUUACCGAUGAAUCCGUAAAUGCGCCCAUUUCUCCGAUUUCUUCUCUGAGUACAGACCAUGGAUUACCCCGAAUCACCUUAUUCAACCCAAGAUUUUGGUGUUUUGCCUCAGCUGACACUUCCCUAACCCUUUGGACACCUUCUUUUGAUAAAUGA